AUGUUGAAGACUCUGCUGACAAAGAUGGCAUUCACAUUCCGCUACUACUGGAAGGCUGUCGCAUGGUCUCUCUGUCUGUCCAACGCAACCAUCAUGGAGUCAUAUGACCUUCUUCUAAUCAACUCGUUCUACGCUUUUCCGCAAUUCCAAAAGAAGUAUGGCGUGAAACUACCAAACGGAAGCUAUUCUGUGCCGGCGCGCUGGCAAAUUGGUCUGUCAAUGGCCAACUUGGUCGGCAUGAUCAUCGGAGUAUUUGCCAACGGUUACUGCGCAGACCGAUGGGGCCUGCGAAAAGUCAUGAUGGCUUCGCAUGCUGCCUUGAUCGGCUUCAUUUUCAUCACAUUCUUCGCGCCAUCUGUUGAGGUUCUCACAGUUGGAAUGCUCCUGUUAUCCCUGCCUUGUGGUUUCUUUGCCGCCGCAACCCCUUCUUACGCCGCUGAAGUUAGCCCUCCCCAACUCAGCGGCUAUCUCACGGUGUUAGUAUCUGCGCCCCUAACAGUCAUCGACCCCAAAGAUUCGCUUGCCAUAAUUGUCCGUACUAUUGAGGCGGAACGCCUGAUGAGCAUCCAAGGAUCAUACUUAGACUGCUUCAGAGGUGACAGCCUGCGCCGGACAGAAAUUGCAAUGGUCAGCUGGGGCUGCCAAAUCCUCCCUGGAUUCGCCAUCCAAAACUACAUCACCUACUUCUUCACCCUUGCUGGCCUCGACUCGCCGGACUCCUUCAAUCUGUCGAUAGGUUAG